GUCUUGCCAACACACACACAUACAUAAGAUGUUGGAUGAUGAUAAUAAUGAUUUGCUCGCUGCAGCUUCCGAAAUACAACGCAAUCGUUUGUAUUUUGUCACAUUCAAGAAGAACAUCAAACCACAGAGCACGCCCAACACACACUACUUCAGCAUAGAUGAAGAAUAUAUUUAUGAGAAUUUUUACAAUGAUUUUGGACCACUCAAUAUUUGCAUGCUAUAUAGAUACUGCCAAAAAUUAAAUUCCAAAUUGACCGCAAAAUGUCAUGCCAACAGGAAAAUCAUACACUACACAACGCUCAAUGCGGCGAAGCGUCUAAAUGCCGCCUAUUUGAUUGGCUCGUACUCGAUCAUAUACCUAAACAAAUUACCGAUGGACGCCUAUCGGCCGCUAGUCGCUGGCGAUAUACCCGCCUACACACGUUUCUGUGAUGCCUCUUUUGGGCCAAGCGGUUAUAAGAUUUCUCUAAUUGAUUGCUUGAAUGCUGUUUACAAAUCGCUGAAAGCUGGCUUCUUCAGCUUCGACGAUUUCGAUGCGGAGGAAUAUGAAUAUUUCGAACGUGUUGAGAAUGGCGAUUUCAAUUGGAUUGUGCCGCAAAAGUUUAUUGCUUUUUGUGGUCCGCAUCAGAAGUCGAAAACACUGCCGAAUGGUUAUCCAUGUCAUUCGCCCGAACGUUAUUUUGAAUAUUUCCAUGAGAACAAUGUAACCACUGUGAUACGUUUGAAUGCGAAGGUUUAUCAUGCGUCGAGCUUCGAAAAUGCCGGAUUCGAUCAUAAGGAUCUAUUUUUCAUCGAUGGCAGCACGCCAAGUGAUUUGAUAUUGAAGAAAUUCCUCUCCAUAUGCGAGAAUACAAAGGGUGCCAUAGCUGUGCAUUGCAAAGCUGGUCUAGGUCGCACUGGCAGCCUUAUCGGCGCCUACAUCAUGAAGCAUUAUAACUUUACAGCGCUGGAAGCUAUCGCCUGGUUACGACUGUGUCGGCCAGGCUCGGUUAUUGGCCACCAACAACAAUGGAUGGAAGACAAACAAGCAUGGCUCUGGGCCGAAGGUGAUCGCAUGCGCAAACGUUCUGGUUUGCAAUGUCCCAUACACAAGUAUGGCAUUUACAGCAUUGCUCUGAAACAAGUCUUAUCGACCGGUGGUGUGCCGCAGUUGACACAAACCAAAGAAAAUUGCGUCAAAGGUAUAUCACAAAAGGUGGAUACAAUGCAUCUACACGACAGCGAAGAGAUAUCCACCAAUGGCAAUGUCAAAACGGGUGUAACAACGCGUGCACGUUCACCAAUUACCGCCAACACCGUUACGAACAAUACAACAACGACUACACCAACGCUUACGACGCAUAAUCGCCGUUCCAAGGAUAAAGCCAAGGCGGAUAGUCGCAAUGCGAAUGUGAGUAGCGUCAGUGAUGAAGACACCACUAUCACGGAGGAGAAUGGCGAUGACGAAGACACGACAGAUAAUUCCAAUGCCACUUAUAUAGCAUCAACCAGGCGACGCAAAUCACCAACGAUACAUGUUGGCACCACACUGGCCUCUGCGGCGGCGGUAAAUUCGCUGGUAGACAGUAUAAAACCGCCAACGCCACCGGUACGACGCACACCACCCAUCGCUGUAAGCGAAGCGGUUACGCGUGUGUCACCCGUUGGCGGGACUGAGCCGCUCUAUGCCGAAAAGAAACUGAAGAAACCCUGCAUUGGUUUGGAAGCAGCGCAGCGUCCGACAAUCGCAUCGACGGUGAAAAUGACACAAGCCGCAAUUGAUAAGCAAAACUCACAGACGCAAGGCGAUAAAUUAAAUCAAAUCAAAGCAUUGCGGCGUCAACAUCAGCAACAAACACACCAGCCUACAACAGUGCAACAGCUGUCACAGCAGGCGGCUCCAACGAUAUUACAACAACAACAGUUGACAACGCAGCAUAAUUCACGUGGCAACAACACCAACGCCAAUGCAUACUCCGUCGAUUUGGAACGCCAUAUGCGCGCCCGUUCACAACCCUUCCGCAACAAUAUUGCUAACAUUAUGCCGAGUGCACAUGGAACUGGUGGCACAGGAGAAAUGGCGCUACCGCACGCAUUGCGACAGGCAGAUUGUCAGAGUAUGGCCGCUGCAACGGCAGCAGCGGCUUCGGCUGCUGCUACAGCGGCAGCGGUGGCGCAUGAGGCAAUGCUGGCAGCAACGGCGGCGCUGAAUAACAAAAAUCUUUACAAUUCAACACACACGACAACGGUAACAACCGGAACUGGUGCACCGGGCACACGUGGAGAAGGUGGCACUGCUGUAUCGACCACAACGGCAACGUCGGCAGCUGCGGCAACGACACUACCCGGUGGCGGUGGCAGCGUGACAACGCGUGCGCGUAGUCUGGCCAUUUAUAGCAAGAGAAUGGGUUUUAUGCACUUACGCAAAGCGGAAACACAACAACUGCAACAACAACAGCAGCAGCUGAGCAAUAACAAUAGCAAUACCGCAAUUGGAAAUAUAGCCGCAGAUAACAACACAACGGCGACCACAAGCAGCGGCUGCGCGCUGCCGCAUCAUCAUCACCACCACCAUCAUCACGAUGUCACCACGCCCACGUUGAGCAGUCUCAACAAGCAAACGAAAACGUACAACAACACUUUGAUUAGUUCGACAUCGAAUGUCGCGACAGCCGGCAUGAAUGAGAGCAAGAUACCGGUGGUGCGCGCAAACGCGGCGUUUAUCGAUGGGAGCGGCGCGCCGACGACAACGUCAGCCAGCAGUAGCGGUAGCGGUAUAGGCUCAUGCGCUACAAUACCACCAACGCGCGGCGGUGCCUCACGCGCGCCACAUCAUCACAUGACAUUGCGUGGGCGCUCGCGUAUACGCUAUAAUCGCGCGGGUGCUGCCGCGGUUGGUGCGGCUGUGGAGCCGCCUUGCACAACUGUAACAGCGCGUUACUACCGCGACGCGUCCGCAAUACCGACAAUUUCGAGCGCAACAACUACAGCGGCUUCCACGCCAUUAGACGCUGGCGGUGGUGGUGGUGAUACUGGUUGUAGUGUUGGUGGUGGUGUUGCCGGUGGCGCGCGUUCCAUUUCGGCAACGCUUGAUCUAAAUUCGAAUCCAUUACAAGGCGGCGAUGCGCGCGGCGCUAGUGCCUUUGCGCACAACAAUAAAGUGACACAGUCGACGUCGCUGCCAAAAUCGCAUAUUUAUUAUCAGCGACAUCAUCACCAUCAUAGUCAUGGCAGUAAUGCCAACAAGCAUAAUAUCAACUAUAUUAAUAAUAAUAAUAAUAGCAACAACAACAACAACAAUAAUAAUAAUAAUAACCAUAUUAAUGUACAAAUAAAUGAAAAUUUGCGUUCCACACCGCCUCUAGAUACAAACCGUCUGAGUAGCAACACAAAUUGCGGCGCUGGCAGCGGACGCGGCGGCGGCAGUUACGAUGCGGUCAACACAUCAGCAGCCGGCGCCAACUCAACAACAACUACUGCUGCGCGCGCCUCACCUACUGGCAUCCCAACGGGCAUCACGAAACGCAAUAAACGUUCGCUGAGCAGCACGCGCCUCGAAAAGGACAAAUGCGAUGAGUACAAUACGAAGCUACUGCGCAAAACAGCUGGCAGCAAUGGCAAUGCGACAAUGCAGAGUAACAGCAGCAACACAUGCGCCAGUGGGAGCAAUAACGCUAACAAUAACAAUAACAACAACCAGCUAAGUAGUUGCACCGACGGUGGUAGUGUUGCUGCUGGCGCUGAGCUAAUUGCCGGCGGCAGCAACCGCACGGUGUCACAUGUUGGCGGCUAUCGCACGCGUCAUCACUUAACCAACGCAGCGGCGGCGCCAACGACGACCAACAACACUAUGCUCGAGUCGUCCACUGCUUCGUCGGCGUCGUCGACUUCCACAUCGGGCAUACCGACACCGACAGCGGCCAACACUGCGCAUGGUUUGUAUUUGCAGCGCGGCAGUGGCGCGCGCUAUGCCGCGGCGGCGGUGUUGGCGGUCGAGCGCGAGCGCGAGACAAAACUAAAGCUGCGCAAGAAAAUCAGUUACUGAGUGCGGCGCAGGUGAUUUUAGUUGUUACGUCAUUAUUUAAUUUUU